UCGAUGAGGGAGCUUUCGACAGUGUUCUGCUUCAUGGCUCGGCAGUUCGUGCGCGUCCAUUGCGAUAACAAUACCUCGGUUAUCCCUGUACAUAACUACACUAGUACGGUUUUUUAACAAUAACAACAUUUUUGGCUGGGAAAAGUGUGUUGGAAAAAUUGGGUAAAGGAAAUAGCUGCAGCUGGGAGGAGUUAUUGGCUGGCUAGAGAAUAAGUGUGCAUUUGUAAUUUAGUGGAAUCCCCAUUUUGCCAUUCGGAGCGCAGAAAAGCUGUUAAAAUCCGGUUUUGUUGGGAUAAAAAAGUGUGGAAAAUACUAGUGAGCCCCUGUACCUACCUAGAAGAAAUUUUAUUGACUUGUGCAAGUGUGUGCAAAGCUGGUGGGAGGAAAAAGAAAAACCAGCAGAAGGAAAAUUGUUCGCUAAUUUAGGUCCUUGUAGGACCCUGCCGAUUUGGUGGGUUCGAAGGCACAAGACGUAGAAAAAGUGUAGCGAAGAAAAAGAAGAAGCAUUGCAGAGUGUGAACCGUAAGGUGGUGUGAAAAAUUGUGUGUGCAGCUCGGGGUUUUUUUGCGAGCAGCACCUCUGAUAGACGCAACGCAGCGCCCGGAAAAAUGUCAUCCAGACGUUACCCUAGAUAGAAGGAACCGCUCCUUUUUUUAAAAGGUGACUUUUUAAAAAAAGGACGCGUGAUGAAGCCAUCGCAGCCGCCAGCUAGCAUUAGCAUGGGGGAGUCCUGCUGCCGCAGCACUGUUACUACUAUCGAUACUACAACUAUAUCCACCAUGACGACGGCCGCGGUCAGAGGCAAUCGAAGCAGAAGGCGAAACAGCAGCAGCAGCAGAAGCAGCAGCCGCAGCAUGAGCACCAUUAUUUCCACUGACACCACUACCACCACCAGCAACACCGCCCCCACAACUACUGUCACCGCAAGCGCCACCGCCCCCAUCACAAGCAGCGCCCUCAACGAGAGAAGCCAGAAAAGAAGGUGUCGGGAAAGCCGGAGGCCAACGAUGGCCACCAAAGUCUCCGGGGGCAUCGGCUUCGGCAUCGGCAGCAGUAGAACUUCCGGCGGUCGGGCAGCCCACAAUCUGCUACGAAGGCUGCACCAUUAUUCCGGUGGGCGGGUUCUCCCGUUUGCACUGAUGGGACUCCUGAUUGUCUCCUUUUGGCUGCCAUCGAACCUAGUUAAUGCCGCCGAUUCUAUGGAUGUUUUAUUCUACGACCAAAACUCUACCGGAUCUCUACUAUCGACAAAUGGCAACUUCAGCAACGUCACGGUAGUAGCCAAGGAUCCCCUGUUUCCCGAAGAUCUGUUUACGAUGGAGCAGCGCCGCAACGGUGCCAUCGUGCUGCACAUAAUCGGUGUGAUGUACAUGUUCGUUGCAUUGGCCAUCGUGUGCGACGAGUUCUUUGUGCCUUCCCUGGACGUGAUCAUUGAGAAGUUGGGCAUCACGGACGAUGUGGCCGGGGCAACGUUUAUGGCCGCCGGUGGCAGUGCCCCCGAACUGUUCACGAGCGUGAUCGGUGUGUUCGUGUCGUUCGACGACGUCGGCAUCGGUACGAUCGUCGGUUCGGCCGUGUUCAACAUCCUGUUCGUGAUCGGAAUGUGCGCGCUCUUCUCGAAAACCCUGCUAUCACUCACCUGGUGGCCGCUGUUUCGCGAUUGCACGUUCUACAGUAUAAGUUUACUUACGUUGAUCUAUUUUUUUCGCGACAACGCGAUCUACUGGUGGGAGGCGCUGAUACUGUUCAUUAUCUACAUCGCGUACGCAGUGUUCAUGAAGUUCAACCAGCAGGUGGAGCGAUGUGUGAAGAAGUGUAUCUAUAAAAAUAAGGUGACCAGAGUUCGAAGCACUGAUCAACUAAUGCCUGCAGAGAUUGGCUUGCUAGAAGAGUAUAAACGGACCGGGAACCGAGAUAAUGAGAGUCCCCACCUGCAAGGCAAUGCGGCCAAUUCGUCCGAAACCUCGAUGGCGACGCAACCGGGCGGUUCGGUGACGUCGAGGGCGGCCUCCGAGAGUCGAUCCGGGCCGCCGGGAUCCAGUAGCGGCAGCGUGCCGAUCCACCAGAAUCAAACCGCAACCGGGGCCAAAUUCCGACACGGGCUGUUGCAGCUGAUGAUCCACACGAUAGACCCAUUGCACGAUGAUCCCGUUCCAGGUAAAGUCGAUGAAAAGGCGACGCAGCUGCACGCGAUAGCGUCGUUAAAAGUGCUUCUGGAUGCCACCAAGCCGCAACGGGGAGCUGCCACGUCGUCCGCGGCCAAUCAUGUUAAGAUUAAUUUAAGAGAAACCACCUUAGCUAGUGAUCGUCCAAAUGGAAAUAUAGAUACGACAAUUGAUUCGUGUAACGAAUUAGAAGAAGAACCACCAGAGGCAUUAAACAUGUCUUGGCCAAAGACAACUAGGAAACGAAUAACCUACCUAUUAGUAGCUCCAAUUAUCUUUCCACUGUACUUAACACUCCCCGAUACUAGAACACCAAAGGGGAAGAAGUUCUUCCCGAUCACGUUUAUCGGUUCGAUACUCUGGAUAGCCGCAUAUUCGUAUCUUAUGGUGUGGUGGGCGAACGUAAUCGGCGAUACGGCCAAAAUAAGACCGGAGGUGAUGGGACUGACGUUUUUAGCAGCUGGUACCUCAAUCCCGGAUCUGAUCACAUCUGUGAUUGUGGCGCGAAAGGGCUUCGGCGAUAUGGCCGUGUCCAGUUCGGUCGGAAGCAACAUUUUCGAUGUCACGGUUGGCCUUCCGGUCCCGUGGCUCCUGUACGGUAUCAUCUAUGGCCAACCGGUGGCCGUCAGUUCAGUUGGCAUGGUGUGCUCGAUCACGAUCCUGUUCUUGAUGUUGGUGUUUGUCAUUAUGUCUAUCGCCUGCUUCCGCUGGAAGAUGAACAAGGGCCUAGGAUUUACCAUGUUUUUGUUAUACUUUGUAUUUGUUGCCGUCUCACUCAUGUUCGAAUACGAUAUGUUGGUGUGUCCGGUUUAAGCUUAAGAAAAAUACGCAGUUUUAUGGUUGACAAGUAAGGUUAAUAUAAUGUAAGUAUAAGUACGCUUAAAAUGCGCUAGAGACAACAACAGCAAAAAAAAACAAGAAACAAACAAAACAUUGGUUACUAAACAAAAGUAAGAAUCAUCUGCAUCUAGUGUUUACGUUUGAAACGAACCACGAAAAGAAUAAAAACAAAUAAAAAAAGUCGAAAAAACUAAACAAACUAAUGAGUACCAUUUAGCGCGUAAAGUGGGAUAAUAAAAAAAAAACGCCACUUGAAGCUAGGCACUAUUUGGGUCUAGUAAAAAUCAGGAUGUGAAUUGUUAAGAUGAGUUGAAGAAAAAUGAACAAAAUGAACAAAAAAAAACAACAGUAGCAUAAACUCGAAUGAAGCAUAGCUAAGAUAAUUUCUUUCUAAUAAGGAAGUGUUGAAAUAAGGUUGAAGCUAGAAGAUAGACUAAAAGGGUGAAGAGCUGGUUGAAAGAAAAAAGAAAGAAAUAUUCACAAAGCAGAAAAUGCGAAAAAAUUACAAAGACAAGAACCUUCUAAGAAAAAUGAAACACUUGUUUUAAAUUUUUAUCUCCUGUUCUUCAUGCAACUAUAGUAUCGAAUCUAUAAUUAUACAUUUUAAAUUAUAUUCAACCAAAAACAAACCUAUAUUCGAACGAAAUCUUACCUAACAAGAAUACUUCUAGUUAAGAAUCAACUAAUAAACCAGUAAAACUGUAUUUAAGCAAAACAUCUCUCUCUUCUAAAUCGAAAACACAAACUCUAUAAGAACUAGACCUAAAUGACAAAACCACAAGAGUAAAUUUAAGCAACAAUUUUCAAGCAAAACAAACAAAAUCUAUUACUCGAACUUAAGAAAAACACCUUAGGAAAUUUAAAAACAUCAAGCCAUUCGAGCACUAAAACAGCUUCUCUCUUUUCACACAUAUUUACACCAGAAACGGACACAAUUCAUUAGAGUGCCAUUAGCAUGAGGAGCUAGUCCCUAAGUAAUUGAAUUUGAAAAAAAAACACUAGAGCACGAAAAACCAAGUUUUAAUGCAUUGUCAUACUAAUGGAAUAUUGUAGUCAUAAUCACAUUUCUCUUUCUAUCUAUCUCUCCUAAAUCACUAGUCAAAUUUCACUCUCUUUGUCAUUCCUAAGUAUAGAUUCUAAAAGUGAAGAUCUUUCGUUUCGACUAUCUUUUUUACAAUUGCCCCCAACACUUCAUGCUCUGAACCCUUCUCAAUCUGAUUUUCAAAAAAAAAACGAGAAAAUCAAAAAAACCUCUUGCCUAGUACUCUCUACUCUACACUUUUAAGUAGCUACUACUCCGAUAGUGGUUAUGAGUAAUAAAAUUCAGUGUUCUAGUCUAUUUGUAGCUUCGUCAACUCACCCAGGCAUCCAUCACCUGAAACAUACAUACCAGAAAAAAAAGAACCCUCCAUGAAUUAUCAUCGUAUCCUUAUCAUUUUCAUCGAUGAACCGAACAAAAAUGACGGAAAUGAAAAAUAAAAGUUAUACCAAAUGCACCAAAAAAUUUGUUAGGCAAUUCAACACGCUUUGUGUCGUAUAGACUAUUAAAGGAAAGAAUGGAAAAUUAACACUAAAACAAAACAACACAAAUCGAACGUAUUUAUGCCCUCAAGUCCUUCUGAGAGUUUUGGAUCAACUCCUAAUAUGUUGAAAUUCUAACUGCUAAGCAGUAUUGGAAACUGACCAAUACUAAAAGUUUAGUAUUAAUUUCAAGCUCGUUUUAAACUAUUUUCUAUAUCAGUUUUCAAAUUCUAAUAUUAGAUUACGAAACUAUGUUUUUUUUGUUUUCAUACCCUCAUGAACUACAAGAAUUUCGUCAAACGUUUUCGUCACAAUUGUUUUUUUUUUGCGUUUUCCCGAAAAGCAAAACAUGAAGCUACCUUCCUGACUACCACAAACAAACUGCAGCAUCAAACUUCUGUCAUUACACCUUACAUACGUACAUCCACAAAGCAUAAGAUGAAAAAGAAAUUCAAUUCUACUGUAAGCGAGAAAAACAACACAAGAUGAAAUAAUAAAAUCACUAACUAAAUAUAUAUAAAAAGAAGAAAAAUCAAUGAUAAUAAAAUGAAAUGUUAACAAAUUUUUGAAGGUUUUUCUUAUUUUUAUUUUUAUUGAAGAAUAAAGAGGUAAUGAAAAAAUAAUGAAACAAAUAGUGGAUAAAUAUUGAAAACACACAAAAACCCUAAAAAUAAUUCAUAGCUGAAGCAAAAAAAAACAAUGCUGAAUGAGAGUAUUAGCCAUCUAGUAUAAUCACCAAAACCUAGACAAACGAAUAAGAAAAUACUGCUAUCAAAGAUCAAGAAACUGCAGAAGAAAAAAGUAAUGAAACAUACGACAAAAAAAAAAUAAAAAAAUAAAACAUUUGGACAAACAACUUCAUGCAAAGUUUUCUACUGUAUACAUGAAAGGGUCAAUUGUUAAAUUUUCCCCUGUAUUGGACACCAAUUGAAUCAAAUUCCAACUUAGUUUGAGCUUCUUCUAUAAGCCUUUUGAACCAACUGUUGGCUUAUUUCAGUAAACAUAAUUAUUUGUGUGCUGCUGAAAACACGUCUUAGCAUUAAUAACUAAAUUUAAGCUUCGCAUUGGCUGAACGUGUUAAAUUGUUACAGCUUUCAACAUAGGUGAUUUUUGUCUGUUUCUAUUCAAGCUUGUAUGUGACUUCUAUAUUAUCAAAGCCUAACGAAAGAAAAAAAACACAAAAUAUACCGUCGAUUGGAGUGUUAUGCUGAAGUUUUCUUUCACUUUUCAACAGAACAACGGAAUAUGUUACAGGUUCUUCAGAAAGUUGUUUGAAAUUUAUACACGUUCAAAUAAAAAAAUACAUGAGAAAUUGACCGUUAACUUAAUAUUGUUUUCCAGAAAAGAUCCAUUUAAUUCAACUUGUGAAAUUGAUACACAAAUCUAUAAUGCAGACUAGUAUAGAUAUAUGAAUCAACUCGAAAUUGAAAUGUAAAUUCUCAAACAAAGCUGCGUUUCACUCCUUUUGACGGUAUAAUGAAAAGCAUCAGAAAACAUUACUGACAACAUUCAUUCAAGACAAACAUGAAAUCGAUGGUAUUCUAGAAAUUCAGACGAAAGAAACAAAGAAAUAAACUUCGAAGCACACUGCUCCUAUAGCAGAACUGUUACUGUUUGUAUAUAAUAAUUGAAACCAAUUACCUAUGAAUAGAGAGACAUAAGAUCAUGAGAAUGAAAAACAUACAAAAUUAUACCACAAACAAGUAAAAAACAAUGCAAGACUAAAUGCGUGCGUGUGCGAGAAAAUCCGAUUCGAGUUAGAGAAAGCCAAUUUCUCCCGUCCAUUCCACUGGAAGCGAUAUUUAAAUAACGUGGAAAACCAUUUGCAAAAGAUUACGCAACUCGAUCUGGAGAGCAUUGAUCAUUACAAACAAUUAUUUGAAUCUCCGAUAAAUUACAUUGUCUAGUCAGCAUUCAAAAAUCGUAUCACCAAUCUUCACAUUUUCGACGAUGCUGCAAAAUAUAUCGAUUUUAAAAUGAGCAAAGGUCGAAUCAAAAUUGAAUUGUAUGGCAGCACUGAAAUUUCUUUACUGAAAAUUUGAAAUACCUGUCGACUCUAUUGAGCAAAAUGUGUCCUCAAUCGACGAAGUAUGUUUUUCUAAAAUCAAAUGGCAGACAUUGCUCUUACAACAGUAAUUGAAACUUUCAAAUCGAUUUCUCGUAUUCUCAAAUCUAGAUCACACUAAAGUGAGGAAAAAUAUCAUUUAGGAAUAUUUCUUGAGUUUCCUAUGUAUUGGGUUUAAGCUAUCAAUCAAUGAAAGAAUAAAAAAAAAUGGAUAAUUCUCAGAACUUAAAUCUAAAAUAAUACAUUAAUUUGCAACUCUUGGUGAAAACUGAAAAAAACAACAUGAAACAGAAAUCAGAAAAUGAGAUCCCCAUGUCAAAUCGAAUAUCAAACUUUAGGAUCAUUGUCGGAGUUUACAAAACACUGAAUCAGUACUCUGCAACGGAAUACAGAACCAUGAUUUAGAAUGAGGUUGCCAGAUAUUCCGGUUUAACCGAGUUUGCCAGGAUAUUUAAUACAAAAUUUUAGAAACAUGACUGCAGUCCGGGCCGGUCCUUUUGCUCGGUUUUAAUUGAAAAAUGCUCGGAUUUGGCCCAGAUUUAUUCACUUUAUUUGACAAAUCAAACAAAAAAAAACAAAUUGUGUUGAAAUUUUUUUUUAAUUAUGGCACCAAGACGAAAUUUUUGAGCAAGUUUUAUAAAAAUAAUGAUGAACGGUUUUUUGGAAGCCUUGAAUACGAUUUAAAAUCUGUCAAUGAGUUUUGAUGAAAAAAAUUCUUUUUCAAUUUUUUUUUCUUGGUUUUUGUGGGUUUUGAUAUAAUUUGCUCAGACUUUGCCAGGUUUUUAGUCAAACUUGCCCGGAUACGUGCUGAGAAAAUUCUGGCAACCUUAAUUUAGAAUCAUAGUUCAAGAUCAGUAUCAAAAUUCCAAGUAGGAAUUGAUAAUCGAAAUACGAAAUCGAAAUUUCAAAAUAAAAAUUCUGAACCAACAUUCAGCCUCGUAAAAUUUUGUCAAAAUAAUCAAUAUAUAUUUUACAAUUCAACAUAAUGGAACAUAUGCAAGAAAUUGAAUUUCUGAAUAUAUUUAAACGAAUUUAUUCAAGAAUUCUUAAAAAAUCUAUCAGUUUAGUUUGAUGUUUUUUCUUGAGUUGUAAAACAAAAACUGUUCAUCAUAGACUUGAUAAAAUUAUUGGAGUUAUGUUUCAUAAUAAAACAGUGUUCAUCGAAUAUUCGCCACCUGAAUUUUGAAGUGUAUCAAAGAAAAAAAUAAUAAGGCAAACCAUCUGCUUGGAUAGAAAACAAAUGUUUGUGAAACAAUUAAUAUAAUAAUAGUCACUAAAUGCUGAAUUCACACAAGUACCGAGUGCAAGCUUGAAAAAGUUAGGAGUAGUAGAGUGAAGCAACAAAAGCAGAAACCUCGUCGCCAUUUUAAUAUGUGAUAUUUUGUUUGUGUCUAAACGCAUAGUUUGUAAAUCAAAAAUACGAGCUCACUUGUCAUUUGGUGGUAUUUCAUUGAUCUCCAUUGUAGAAGAAAGCUAAAACAAAACGAAAACAAUAGAAACGGAACGAAUAUACAGAUACAUACAUCACAGUCGAGUACGUUUAAAACCAAUAGUGAAUUCUAUGAAGCAAACGAAUAAUCGCCGCCACUCGUAGAACAAAUAACAUUCUUAGCAAAGUCAUUGCCGUUGAAUCAUAUUACCACCACAUCGACAUGUCAAUGUGAAUUGAGCGCUGUCAUUAAAGCACACACACACACCUUUAAAAUAAAUUUGAGGUCACCGUUUUUUGUCGUUGUCAAAAGCAUAAAAAAAAUCUAAAAUUCACUACAGAUAGGGCAAGAACAUGAACACAUGAUCGAUUUUUCGCAUCAAUUGUUUGUCUGGUAGGUUUAAGACUAAGCCGAGUAAACAAAGCAAAAGGCUAUUUUUGGUUUAUGCGAAAGAUAAACAGAACAACAAAACGGCAAAACAGUCACAAUUUUAACCAUAAAGCAUGUAUUAAACGUUAAUUGUUAUACACGUUUUUUUAUUUAUAUAUUAAAACAACAAAAUGAAAACAAAAAACUGACAAAGAGUGGUAUGUUGAAAAAAUAAACAAUUAUAUAGAACGGAAAAUAAUUUUUAUGGGGAAAUAUAAGCAAACCAAAUAUAUUGUUAUUUAUAGUGGAUAAAUAUUAAAUUUAAUAACUGAAACAGAAAAACAAACGCUUUUAGACUUCCAGUUUAUGAUGAAUAAUUCAAAUAAACAAAUAAACAAAAUCAGUAUAAGUCAUUCAUACCAAAUGGAUCGAGAAAACAUCAUUGCAAACCUAUUCAAAGUAAGAAAACAGACACACAUGUAGAUAAAAAUAAUACAAAUUUGUUUAUAAAUUUACCGAAACCACUAUUACCCAAAAAAAAAGAAUAGCUAAGUUGCAUUGUGGAAACACACAUACACGCAUGUAAAGUUUUAAAGUAAUUCAGCAAAAUUUAAUGCAUGAAUAAUAAAAACAAAAAAAAACGUAGUGGUAAAUUUAUAGCGAUGCAUAAGCACAUGAUCGAAACAACUGGGAAAAAGCAUAACAGAAAAAUGACAAACUUUAUUUCAACCAACAUGAUCGAAGAAAAAAUACCUUGAAUUUGAAAUCCAAUUCGCAAACAGAUUGAAAAGAGCUAAAAUAGAAAUCAAGAAAUAACGAAUAGCAUUAACAAUAACACGGUAUGAAGAUAAGCAAGGCAGAUAGAUACAACCGAACAUUUCAAAAUCAUGCAUAACGGGUUUACCACACGCAAAAAAACUGUUAAAUGUAGUGAAGUUUCUCCUCUAACGAAAAAGAAAAUGUACACAAAAAGAAAACCAAAAACAAAAAGGUUAAACCAAAUCCGUCAAGUGAGCGAUUGCAACAAAAACGGCAAUCAUGCUGAAAAAUCUACAGAAAAUACAACCAAACACAAACACCGAUGCAGUUAACAAAAAAAACUUCAUUUGCUUUAUCCUUGAAUCGGAUUAAAUUUAUGUAGCAAGGGAAUCAAAAUUGAUCUUUGAAAUUGGCUAAUGAUGAAACAAUUUUCCACCUACAAACGCUCACUUACAUUUAAAAAAACAAAGCAAUAAGUAAUGUAAUUGAAAACAAAGGAAAAUAGUUAUUAAAUCAACUUUACAUAAAUUGUAGAAGUUUAAAGGAAAGUUUAAAAAAAAUGAGAAAGAACGACAUCAGCUUAACCUACAGUGACAAAUACACUCACACUGGCAUUCACACUUUGCAUAAACACAUUGAUAAACAUAAACGAAAAAGGUAAGCAGCAGCUACACAUUUAACAAAUAGAACCCCGAACUAUCUUAGCAAAAUUUAACAGAUUCUUUUUCUGUUGCUGUAACCCUAGCUAAAUCAUUAGCAAAAAUUUGAAGAAAAAAAAAACAAAACAAUAGCAGUUAGUUAUCAAUGGAAAUGUUUUUGUUUUUUUGUGAUCGGUUUGAUCGUGGCAGAAACGAACCAAGUCAUUUCGUGUUGUGUGAGUUUGUUUGUAUGAUUUCGUUACAGCCAGACGCCCUCGGUGGCUUUGACAAAAACAGAAAACAAAUGAAUUAAUAAAUCUGAUAAGAAUGCUGGCUAACUUUAGGCAUCAACCAAAUAAAACACACACACACAUAUAAACCUAUUAGUGCAUAAAAUUCGAACAUGUAUGUAUAAAUUUUUAAGAUAGGCAUUAUCAAGAAACAGAAAACGACAAACACUAGGAAACGAAGGAGGCGCUGAAAAAACGACAAGAAAAUUAAGCAAAAACAGAGUUAUAUACUUAAACAAAACACAAAAAAGAUAUUGAUUGUUGACAAAUGAGAUUGUCUUGCGUAGUAUGUUGCGUUUGCUCUCUCAUUUUUAAUAAAAAAAAAAAGUGAAAGAAAGUAAAAAUAAUAAGAGGAGUAAGGAGAAACUUUUUUGUUACUAUUAUACAUAUAUAGAUUUGAUUUUAUAUAUACCUAUAUAUCAUUCUCAUUACAAAGCAUAUAUAGAAUAUGAAUAAACUGAUUCUAAACAAGGA